UACCCGUGUUUGGUCAUGCAUAAGAAUUGUCCAGAUUAAGAAGUAAUUUCAAUUUCCUAAUAAUUUGUGGCUAAGAAACUAAAGGCAGUUAAAUGAAGAAACUGAACGCACCAUGGAAACUGGAUGGGGGAUUUUGGUGUUCUCAGCCACUACCAUAUUGUGGUUAGCUCCCGGGCAAGGUAUGCCAAACCGACGGUCUCUCGAAGAGUCGGAAGACGACUGCGAAUCCGCUCACGACACUCUCUUGUGUGGCUCCAACGAUGUCACCUAUUUAAACCUAUGCGAGUUUCAAAAAGCUCUCGAUAAAGAUCCGACGAUAAAAAUUAUAGAAAAUGGAGCGUGUUUCUGUGAUCCAAAAGAAGGACAUGAAUGGGAUCCCUUAUGUGCGUCAAACGGUCAGUCCUACGCGAACAACUGCGAAUUGGAAAAGGCAAGGAAGACUGAACAUCUGUCUAUACGGCAUCUUGGUUUAUGUAAUGCAAUGCUGAAGAGAGAUACGAUAACGUAUAGAGAACUACAAAAGGUAAAGUUGUGGAGUUCAUUCAUGCCUAAAAAACUUUUUGCUUCUCUUAGUAGCCGCGAUUUGGCUGAUGGACCUCGUGAUAUCAAAGCGAAAGAUAAAAAAAAACGUGAUAAAGGGAAGGAAACUUUGGGUUUUGGUCGUCGUCCUAAAAGUCCGCGUAAAAAAAAUAGGGGUUAG